CAUCUAAAUACCAAGGCAAACAUAAUGAUACAAUCUUGAUUCCUACCGAUGCUCAUAAAACCGGAUUAGUCUCGCAAUACAUUUCUUAUGAAUCAUUUUAUCAUGACCCAGCGAUCACAAAACUCGUACAGCAAGAAAUAGCCGCUAAAAAAUUUUAUAAUAAGGACCCGGACCAAGAAAUCAUUAAGCAAGCUCGUGAAGAACUUGCUAAGGUUUUAGAUGUUUAUGAGAAGAUUUUGGAAGGAAAAGAGUAUUUGAAUGGCGAAUUUUCUUUAGCUGAUCUCUUCCACACCCCUUAUACUCAUUACAUCUAUAGUAUGGAGGCACAUUCCGAAUUAUAG